AUGGUCAUACGUAAUGACCAUGCCGGUAAGCGUGUGCCAACUGAUCAAUCACAAGAAGAAGCCGCGAAGCGCGCGACCUUGGACGAGCAAGUAGACAACCCCCGAGUAGGAUUCGCAUCCGCAACAGAGGUCGACGAAGAAGGUCAGGAAGCGCCAGAAACAAUUAAUGAGGCUUCUACUGCUCGACCAAAUCAUGAAGCCGCGGCGCCGGCGAGUUCGACCAAGCGAGAAGACAACCCUCCAGCAGGGUUGGCGUCCACGGCAGAGAUAAAGGAGGAAGAUCAGCAAGUACCAGCAGUUAAUAAUGAGGCCUCCACGAAUCGAUCUAAUGCUGGAGCUUCGAGUUUCGUCAAUGCCGAGGAUAAAGCUCUCGCGUCUGCGACUGAAGUAGGGGUCGAAGAUCAAGACGUGCCAGCGACGAUUGGGGAGUUCCGCAACCAUAUCUUCAACCCAAAUCACCCUGAUCGCAAGGUGACCAAAAUGGUCCAACUCUGUACGGUACACAUGAUUCGACAAAAGCGGCAGAUCACGAGCGAUGAAAAGCAAGCGAUAUUCAACAUGCUCAAAUCGCUGAACAGGCUGCUCCCGGUUAGUACCGACGAUGAGAAAUCAAUGAAUAUCACUGGCAUGUUGAGAUCGAUCAAUGGCGAGGUGCCUUCCCCAAAAGGACCCUACAGCUAUCCAACACCUCUCCAGCGCAGCGCCGACAUCUUACACCAGCGGAUACUACUCGAUAUCGCAGUUGCAGAAUCUAUGGAGGAAUCAAAGCAAAGCUCAAGUUCUCCUGAGCCCACAGCAGGAACUCGUGGAUCAAAGAGGAAGCGUGAUGGCGCAGAGCCCAGAACUCCUGCCAGUUUGCCAACCGACGACCCGACUUUCAGGGAGUGUCUACGCGGUAUCAUUAUUCAAAACAACCCUCGAUCGUACCGCCUCGAUCCAGAAAUGACACCAGCAAAACGCAGGAGCGACAUUUUCGGUCAUAAUGGCCUUGCUGUAGGCCAAUGGUGGCCUCUCCGCCACUGCGCACUCCGCGAUGGGGCACACGGACACAUUCAGGGUGGUAUUCACGGCAGCGCAAACGCUGGAGCGUAUAGCAUUGUGGUUUCCGGCCAAUACUCCGCUCUCGAUGUUGACAAUGAAACCACGCUUUACUACUCCGGGAGCAAUUCCCUCACCAACACCAAUCCCUCCGAACCUAUCAUCACGUACGCCACAAAAUCUCUCCGCGUCUCCUACAGCACCCAGCGCCCCAUCCGUGUCAUCCGCGCCAGCGGGUCCGAUAGCCAGUACGCCCCUAGUAAGGGUUUGAGGUACGACGGGCUCUACCGCGUAACCAACGAAGCGACUGAAAAGAACGACGUCGGCGGCGCAUACCUACGCUUCAAACUUGUCCGCGCACCCAAUCAGCCGGAUAUCGAUUCCACACGCCCUACUAUGGCGGAGCGGAGGGUGUGGAAUGCGGUGAAGGAUGUCUGA